ACUUUGACACAUUAUUUGUUGAUUACCAAUGUAAAUGAGACACGUAUUUAUCAAAGCAAUCUAAUGAAUAUGAAAAUAAUAAAUUUUUCAUGAGUAAUACAGUAUUUGCACCAAAUUUUACCGUUGCUGUUUCAAUCGUUAAUAAUAAUCGAGAAGAUAUAGAGGUUAUGUUAUUUUGAGUGUCAUCCAAUCCAAAACAAUUCAGUCCUAUUUUCAAAUUAUCAGAGAUGUCUGACUUGGGAGACUGGUUCCGCAGUGUUCCCUUCUUCACCCGUUAUUGGUUUGCGGGUUCCAUCGUGUUUACCCUUGUUGGACGAUUCGGUUUAGUUAGCCCAUACAAUUUGAUAUUGCUUUACGAGCCCUUGAAGAAAUUUCAAGUAUGGAGGCUCUUCACAAGUGUGUUGUACUACCCAAUACAACAGGCUGGUUUUCACUAUCUCAUCAACCUAUACUUCCUUUAUAACUAUUCUCGCAGGCUGGAGGAAGGUGCUUAUGCUGGAAAACCAGCAGAUUAUUGCUUUCUCUUGAUCUUCAACUGGCUCUGUUGCGUUGUUUUGGGGUUAAUUGCGGAGUUACCAAUUCUAAUGGAUCCCAUGAUCCUCUCUGUACUCUACGUAUGGUGUCAGCUGAAUAAAGACACCAUAGUGACAUUCUGGUUCGGAACCCGCUUCAAAGCCAUCUACCUACCUUGGGUUCUGCUUGCCUUCAACCUGGUCCUCAGCGGUGGUGGAAUCAUGGAACUCUUUGGCAUCCUCAUCGGACACCUAUACUUCUUUCUGAUGUUCAAAUACCCCCAAGAAAUGGGCGGUCCGGUCCUGCUCAACACCCCGUCAUUUUUAAAAGAUCUGUUUCCCGACCAAAUGGGGGGUGUGCACAGUUUCGGGGCGCCUCCCCAGAGGGCGGCUUCCGCGCAACCAGGAGCUAGGGGUGGGGGUGUUUUCGGAGGACGCAAUUGGGGGAGGGGAUAUACGUUAGGGGGGAACUGAACUACUGAAUGGAGUCAGUGGGAUGCUUCGAUUAUGCAAUAGCUUUAUACAUUUUUCAAUAAAGUUAACUACUAUUAAUUUUUUUUUUGUUAGAAAGGUAAUUUAUUAAUAAAGACGAUAUUUGUGUGAUUUUCUUCAUGUAUUUGGCUUUUUAGGUGUACUGUUUGGGAAGACUUGUCCCAAUAGUCUUAUGGCCCUGCAGGUUCCAACAAUGUUGAGUCAAACUGCUUCAUUUCACAAAAAACGUUUCUUGAAUUGUCAACUUUUCUAAUUAAUUACUAUAUGUCGUAAGAAAAUAUAUGUAAAAUAUUCACACAAAGUGUACAGAAAAGUUAUGUUAAAUCUUUUUGCUUCAUAG